ACAUUCGCAGUUCAAAGAAGUAGUGAAAUAAACAUCGUUGUUUCAUGUGGAUUUCUUUGUGAAGAUUGGAGAGAUUGUUCUGUGAUUGUUGUGGACAAUGGCACAGUUUUAUCAUUAAACGAAAGAAUCCUUGGAGUAUGCCUCUCCCUCGGGUGUACGAAGGCUGCAAUUACCUUCGUCAACGGCUGAUCUUGUCGACGCUGAGUGGAUGUCCUGUGAGAAUCAAGAAUAUUCGAGCAAAAGAAGACACUCCUGGAAUCCAAGAUUUCGAAGCAAGUUUUAUCCGCUUGCUUGACAAACUGACGAAUGGAUCACGCAUUGAAAUCAAUGAGACUGGUACCAGUCUGAGUUAUCACCCUGGCCUGAUAAGUGGUGGGCAAAUCACACACGAAUGUAGCCUGCAGCGUGGCAUUGGCUACUACCUGGAGGCGAUCAUUUGCCUUGCUCCCUUCUCUAAGGCACCAUUCAAUGUAACACUACAUGGCAUCACGAAUGGGGGUGAUGACCCGUCCGUGGAUGUUAUCCUCAAGGCCAUGCUGCCACUGUUCAAGCACUUUAUGAUCACUGAGAAGUUAGACAUGAAGGUGGUGCAUCGAGGCGCUCCGCCUAAUGGUGGUGGUCAGAUUGUGUUCACGUGCCCGAUCGUGCGGCACUUGCGUGCAGCGUCCUUGCUCAAGCCUGGCCGGGUAAAGCGAAUCCGUGGCUUAGCUUAUGCUCUCCGCAUGUCGCCCGCCAUGGGAAACCGCGUUGUGGAAGGUGCACGCUCGGUGCUGGACAAGUUCCUCAAGGACGUGUACAUCUUCACCGAUCACCACAAGGGUGCGACGUCUGGAAAGUCGCCUGGGUUUGGUCUCAGCCUGGUUGCCGAGACGACGGAUGGUGUCCUGUACAGCGUGGAGGAUAGCUCUCGGCCUCCCGGCACUGGAGAUAUAACUGUGCCAGAGGACCUUGGCCAGUCUGUAGCCCGGCAACUUGUUGAGACAGUAUGGCAGGGAGGGUGUGUUGAUCCAAGAAGUCAAAGCUUCUUUCUUCUUAUGAUGGCACUCAGUCCACAAGACGCGUCACAGGUGUGCCUUGGCAGUCUCACUCCGUAUACUGUUGAGUUCCUUCGGCACAUGAAAGACUUCCUUCAAGUUGUGUUCAAAAUCGAGCCACUAGAAGCGUAUGAAGCUCGGCAAAGUGAAGACGCAACGCCAAUGUCGAUUGCAGCUGCCAGCAGUGCUGCAGCUGGAAAAGAAGGUGCUGCCCUCUAUGUCCUGUCCUGUAAGGGAAUUGGAUAUACAAAUAUGAGCAAAACAAUAAGAUAACGCAGUGCCUCCACGCUGUGUGUGUAUAUACUCAAAAUAAGAUAGCAGUCUUUGUGGGAUGUUCUUCUGCUCCACCACCGAGGGAUCCUGUAUGGCCAACACUCACUCGUUUAUGUUUAGCUUUGUACAUAGAUUCUGUCUGCGUAUGUUUUUAACGGCGUAUACGGCGUAUUUUGUGUUUGUACAGUUCUGUUUCUAAUGUGCCGCUCUUCUCUUGUAUAUAGCAUUCUUUUUUGUCAUGUCCUUUGGUGUUGUCUAUUUUGUACUGAAGUACUUGAAGUAGGAGAACUGUGCCGCUUGACUUUUUUUUGUCUUUUGGAGGUAGAGGACGUAUUUACAUGGGCAUAGUCUUGCACAUGCUUGCAAGCCCACUCAGUCUGAGCUGGUGCGUCAGACGCUAACAUAGAUUUUAUGUGCAGAUCUGUGCCUCUGCCAUCCGGAUCAAGCUGUUGCUCGUAAAUCUACAGUGGCCAUGAGUACUGGCAUUCCUGUAUGAACACUAUAAUUGUAGUGUUCUGUUCUGCACGUGGUUCAACUGCACCAGUAUACUACAUCAGAUCCUA